ACGAGGUACAGUUGAAAUAUCUAUCAAAAGAUAUCAUGCCAAGGAAUGUGGUCAAUCCUCUUGUUGUAGGGGGUGUCAUAGGAGAUGUUUUGGACCCUUUUACAAACACUGUUUCUUUGAGUGCUAUCAUCAAUAACAAAGAGAUUAGCAAUGGUUGUCAAUUGAGGCCCUCUCAAUUGGUAAACCCUCCAAGGAUUAAUGUUGGUGGUGAUGAUCUCAGGACUUUCUACACAUUGGUUAUGGUGGACGCAGAUGCACCUAGCCCUAGUAACCCUUCUUUGAAGGAAUACUUGCAUUGGAUGGUGACGGAUAUUCCAGCAACAACAAAUGCAAGCUUUGGGAAAGAGAUGGUAUUUUAUGAGAGCCCAAAACCUUCUGCAGGGAUUCAUCGACUUGUGAUUGUAUUAUUAAAGCAAUUGGGCAGAGACACUGUUUUCGCCCCAGAUUGGCGUCAUAAUUUCAACACUAGAAACUUUGCUGAAAUUAACAAUCUUGUAAUUGUUUCAUCACUUUAUUUCCACUGCCAUAGGGAGCGUGGUUGCGGUGGAAGGAGAUGUUAGAAGAAGAAGAAAUCAAAUUUAAGUUAAAUUCUACAUGAGAGAGGUGUUCACAUUUUGCAGAAUCGAAAAUUAGAAGAAAGAAGAAAUCUCUCAAUUUGUUUUUCUAGGAUUAAUUACAUUUCCGCAUUGUUAUAUUCAUCUUGUCAAAGUUUUUGAUAUUGAAUUAACUGUUGUCACUGUUUUAAUGUUAUAACAUUAGUUGAAGUAAUGUGACAGAGUUUUUAAUAGACAAA